GACACGCUAGAGGUCGAGGAGAGCAGCGGCCGUCGUGUGGCCGGGGCUGGAGGGCCACCCUGCGCUGGUGUGAGCACCGCAGGGAGCGUGCGGGGGCCUCUGGAGCGACUCUCACCCGCCCACCCUGCGCCAGCAGGGGCGCCGCGCCGCCCCUCCAGUUUCUCCCCGUCGGGGUCCCCGAGCCCCGCUGCUGCACCCUCUCCGUCCCCUGCAGGGCCUGGCGCGCCGCCGGGCAUGGAGCCCUUCCUCAGGAAGCAGCUGACGUUCCUGUCCUUCUUCUGGGACAAGAUCUGGCCGGCGGGCGCGCCGCGGUUACCGGACCCGGACUCCGACGCCGACGUGGAGCCGGAACCCGCGGCAGCGGAGCCCCCCACCGCGGAGCCCUAACCCCCGGCCCCCGCGCAGCUCUUCAGGGCUGACUUCACGGCGCGGAGCGCGGAGGAGCUGAGUGUCAGCCGCGGGGAGAGGCUGCACGCCCUCAGGGAGGAGGGCGGCUACAUCCUCGCCCGCAGGCUCGCGGGCUGGCCCAGCACGGGGCUGGUGCCCAUCACCUACGUGGCCAAGGCCGCCCCUGAGACGCUCUGGAACCAACCCUGGUACUUCAGUGGCAUCAGCCGAACCCAGGCCCAGCAGCUGCUCCUGUCCCCACCCAACGUGCUGGGGGCCUUCCCCGUCCGGCCCAGCGAGAGCAGCCACGGGGACUACUCACUGUCAGUCUGGGCCCGGACCAAAGUCCACCACUACCGCAUCUCCAAAACAGCCAACGGCAGCCUCUACCUGCAGAAGGACCAGCUCGUCCCCAGCCUGGAGGAGCUGCUGGCCUAUUACAAGGCCCACUGGAAGCUGAUCCAGAACCCACGGCUACAGCCCUGUGUGCCCCAGAAGCCCCCUGAGCAGGACGAGUGGGAGCAGCCCCACUCUGAGUUCACCCUGCGGAGGAAGCUGGGUGAAGGCUACUUCGGGGAGGUGUGGGAAGGCCUGUGGCCGUCAAGAGUUCCAGAGCGCUGCCCUGUCCCACAGCUGACGGACGUGAAGGUUGCCGACCUGGCCCAGGAGAUCCAGAUGCUCGUGAGCCUGGGGCACGAGUGCCUCAUCCGGCUGCACGCGGUGUGCUCCGCGGCCGAGCCGGUGUACAUCGUCACCGAGCUCAUGCGCAAGGGCAGCCUGCAGGCCUUCCUGGGCAGCCCCGAAGGCCAGGCCCUGAGCCCACCCCUCCUGCUGACCUGCUGCCAGGUGGCCGAGGGCCUGAGCUACCUGGAGGAGCGGCGCAUCGUGCACCGGGGCCUGGCCGCCAAGCACCUGCUCGUGGGUGACGACCUGGCCUGCAAGGUGGCUGACUUUGGCCUGGCCCGGCUGCUCAAGCAGUGCGUCUACUCCCCACGCAGCAGCUCGAAGAGCCCCGUCAAGUGGACGGCGCCCGAGGCAGCCAACUACUGCGUGUACUCACACGUCUGGUCCUUCGGGGUCCUGCUCUGCGAGGGCUUCACCUACGGCCGGCGCCCCUACCAAGGAAUGAGCAACCACGAGACCCUGCAGCAGAUCUCGAGAGGGUACUGGCUGCCGCGCCCGGCCGCCUGCCCAGCCAAGGUCUACGCGCUCAUGGUGGGGUGCUGGAGGGGCCUCCCCGACGAGCGGCCGGACUUCGCCACGCUGUGGGGUGGUUCUUUGGCCGGAUCUCACUCGGAAGCCCUGCACCGACUGCAGGCCGCGGACACCGAGCUGGGGGCCUUCCUGAUCCAGUGCGGGACCAGCAGACCGUUCGCCACUACAAGAUCUGGUGGCAGGACGGCCAGUUGCACCUCAAUGAGACUGUGUCCUUCCCCAGCCUGCCCGAGCUCGUGGACCACCACGAGGCCCAGAGCCUGUCCCACAGCCUGUGGCUGACCUUGCCCCGCCGAAAGCAUGAGCCGGAGCCCCUGCCCCACCGUGACGACUGGGAGAGGCCGCGGGAAGAGUUCACGCUCUGCGGGAAGCUGGGCUUCCGGCUACUUUGGGGAGGUCUUCGAAGGGCUCUGGAAGGACAAGGUCCGAGUGGCCAUCAAGGUGAUCGUCCGAGGCGAGCGGGCUCCAGGCCAGGGACUUCUGGCUUUCCUCACGGGCGCGGGGCCGCCCACCAGC